CUGCGCCGGCCGGCUCCCUCUCCGGCAGGGCUCAGGCAGCAUCCUUUGGAAGAAGAAGUACCUCUUCUCCCUGAGGCCUGAGCCCCUCCCCGCGGCGAGCCAACAAGCCGGCGCACGUCGCCACCCGGGGCUCACGCUCACCACCGAUCGAGCCCCAACCCAUUUAAUAACUAUAUAGAGCAGCUAGCUAGGAUCGAUCAUUAGAAAUGGCGGUCACCGCCGUCGUGACGAGGAGACCCCUGUCCAUCCUCUUCUACAUCAUCCUCGCCGCCGUGGCUGCCACCACCGCCGCCGCCGCGGAGACGCCGACGGACGCCGCCAUCGACGCGGCGUACGCGCAGCUCGUCAACGUCACCGCCAACCAGGAGUACUGGGCGGAGCGCGCCGAGGUGGCGCACGCGUACAACCGCGCGGCGUACGAGAGCGACCCCGUGGGCGUGAUGGAUCGCUUCAACGACGGCGUGCGCAGGGCCAUGGAGACGUCGACGCCGACGCGGUCCCGGUCCCGGUCCCUGGCGCACAAGGCACGGGGUGGCCCCUGCACGGCGACCAACCCGAUCGACCAGUGCUGGCGUUGCCGCGGCGACUGGGCGCGCAACCGCAAGCGGCUCGCCAGGUGCGGCAUGGGCUUCGGCCACCGGACCACCGGCGGGCUCGCCGGCAGGAUCUACGUGGUGACCGACCCCAGCGACGAGCCCGCCAACCUCGUCGUCCCCAGGAAAGGCACGCUCCGGUACGCCGUGAUCCAGGACCGCCCGCUGUGGAUCACGUUCGCGCGCGACAUGGUGAUCAACCUCUGCAGGGAGCUGCUGGUGACCAGCGACAAGACCAUCGACGGGCGCGGCGCGCAGGUGCACGUCGUGGGCGCGCAGAUCACGCUGCAGAACGUGCGGAACGUGAUCCUCCACAACCUCCACAUCCACGACGCCGCCCCGCGCGGCGGCGGCGUGAUCAGGGACUCGAAGCACCACUGGGGCCUCCGCGGGGAGAGCGACGGCGACGGGGUCUCCGUGAUGGGGUCCAGCGACAUCUGGAUCGACCACGUGUCGAUGCGGAGCUGCGCCGACGGGCUGGUGGACGUGGUGGACGGCUCCACCGCCGUGACCAUCUCCAACGGCCACUUCACCAGGCACGACCACGUGAUGCUGUUCGGUGCCAGCGACGCCGCCGUCAAGGACAAGGCGAUGCAGGUCACCGUGGCGUUCAACCACUUCGGAAAGGGGCUGGUGCAGCGGAUGCCGCGCUGCCGCCAUGGCUUCUUCCACGUGGUGAACAACGACUACACGCACUGGCUCAUGUACGCCAUCGGCGGCAGCCAGAACCCUACCAUCAUCAGCCAGGGGAACCGGUUCCGCGCCGUCGACGACGGGAGGUUCAAGGAGGUGACCAAGAGGGAGUACACGCCGUACAGCGAGUACAAGGACUGGGUGUGGAAGUCGCAGGACGACCUGUUCCUCAAUGGGGCCUUCUUCAACCAGUCCGGCGGCGAGAACGAGCGCCGGUUCGACAGGCUCGACCUCAUCCAGGCCAAGGGCGGACAGUACGCCGAGUUGCUCACGAGGUACGCCGGCGCGCUCAACUGCCGCGUCGGCAAGAAGUGCUAGGCCGGCCGGGGGUGGCCAUGUGUGUGCAUGCUAGAUUAUUAUUGCUUUGAUUUGGGGGAUCGGGGCGGGCGAUCGAUGCUUCGAUGCAGGCGCAGGGAGAGGCGUAAGAAUCGAAUUAAUGCAAAAGGUUGUGUUGUGUAUAAACUCUUGUAUUUGGAAAAUACCAUCUGUAAAUGGUCGUCAACGUACUAUAUACUGCUUGCCUGCUAGCGACAUAAUCGUCCAUGUGGAAA